AUGGAAAAAAUUAUCAAAAGCGACAAGGUCAAACAAGAAAUGUUCAACACACAAUUUUUGAUGGCCGUCGUUCUCGCCGUGACGAUCUGCUGCUUCGUCAACGUCGCCGACGCGCAAUGGGGCUACGGCUAUCCGGGAAUGGGCUACGGCGGCUACGGAAUGGGCGGCUAUGGAAUGGGCGGCUAUGGAAUGGGCGGCUACGGAAUGGGCGGCUACGGAAUGCGACGAAUGAUGAUGGGACCAAUGAUGGGCAUGGGCAUGUGGGGCAAGAAGUAG